GCCGAAAAGAGAGCGUCCAACGCCAGGGAGGCCCUCGACUACACGGCAACAGCCGCCCAUCUAUCAACUGGUCUGUGCCAUCCAUCCAUACCGCACCAACACAUACAUACUGAGCACUCCGGACUCGAGCCAUCUAUCUGUGUGUGACGCCUGUGCAGCCAACGGGAUCAUGGCCCAGGCGGUGUUCGAGUGUCACUGCGAGAGGACCAAGCCGGGCGACGAGCUUUGCCUCAUCGGGGGAGUGGGUGAGCUCGGCAACUGGGACGUCGGGAAGGCCCUGCCCCUCAACGGCGCCACGUACCCGAUAUGGCGGAGCGCCCGUGUGGGCCUGCCGGCCCAGCACAAGAUAGAGUUCAAGUUUGUCCUGCGACUCGGACACGGCGGGCAGGACUGGGAGCGAUUCGGAGGUGAGGUCAGGGAGGGAGAUAAUGGAUGGAUGGAUGGAUGGGAGAUCAACACAUGCAACACACGCGGGCGAUGUUGGACUUUAUGUUUAUGUGUGUGUGUGUGGUCAGGCAAUCGUGAGGUGACUCUCUCCAACGGCGAGGUCACCAUCAAGUGCGCCUUUGGUGAGUGAGGACACAGACAGACAGACAGACAGACAGACAGAUCGGAUUGGAUUGGAUCGGCCUCGCCUAACAUGCAUGAUACAGGCCUGCAUGUGCUGCAUGUUGCGAAUGUGUCUAUGGUUUAGACAAGAAGGGCGAUCAGUCGGUGGUCAGCGGCACGGCAGCAGCAGGCGGCCUGGGCUCCAGCAGCGCAUCCACUGCGUCAGGCCAGACUGGCAGUGCCUCACCGGGCUCGCCGAGUGCCGGUAAGGAUCUAACUACACAAUGUAUUGACUGAUGCCAAUGAAUGCGGCCUGGGGUGCCUGCCUGUGUGACAUGCCUCUCUGUCUGUGUCUGUGUCUGUGUCUGUGUGUGUGUGUGUGUCAGAUGGUGGCGGAGGUGUUGGUGUGGGUGUGUCAGGUGGUUUCCCCCCGCCCAUCAGUGCGGCCGACAUCGCUGCCGAGGCGCAAAAGUCGUUCACCAACGCCUGGCUGGUAGGUAACACAGACAGCAGACAUAGCAAUUCCUGAGAUGUGUGUGUGCAUGUGUGUCUUUCUGUGUGUGUGUGUGUCAGGGUCGUGAGGUGCAGUUCGCCCGUUCUCGCUCCGGCAUCCAUCGGGACAGACAGCAGCAGUGGGACGUCACUCACCUCUCAGGUGCAUACAAGCCAGGCCAGCAGAGAGAUCCAUCCAUCCGUCUAAACGGAUUUCUCUCCCUUGUGUGUGUGUGUCUGCAGGUUCAGCUCGUCAGUUGGUUGAGGGCGACAAGAAGGCGGGCAGCUGGCGCAACAAACUGGGGGUGGUCAAGGAGGUCGUCGAGAACCUCCACGUCAGCCCCAAGGAGGACAACGCACAGGGGGGUCAGCCACACACACACACACACACAGAGAGAGAGAGAGAGAUCCAUAGGCUAAUGCCACCGAUCGUGUGUUGUAUUGUGAUGUGAUGUGUUGUGUGAAGACCUUGCGGCUCACGCGUUGGUUGACGUGUCGAUAUACCUCAACUUCAUCCAGACGGGCAUCGUGCAGUGCGUCGAGGACGGCGGACACCACAGGCAUGCAGCGACCACACACACACACACACACAGCCACGUCUGUCUGGCUAUUGAUUCGUGUGUGUGUGCGUGGGCGUGUGUGUGUGUGUAGGCCCAACCACCACGCCAAUCUGUCCAAGGUAGUGUUCACGGUGUUGGAGCGGAUCCUGCUGGACCUCUCUCGGAGAGACGACACGCAGGUGCGCUGCGGUGCGGUGGAUGCGGCCUGAGGGGGGCGCGGUACAUGCCUCCUUUUCUCUGCAUAUGUGUGUGUAUGAGCAGGCUGACACGCUGCGUGUGGUGAUGCGUAAGGUGCACCCCAACCUGCCCGCCUUCACAUCCGAGUUCACGGCGUACCAACGCACACACACACGCGCACACGCACACACGCAAGACAAUAGCUGUGAUGGCCUCUGUCUCCUGGCUGGCGUCAUGUGACUGACUAACACCCACCAGUUCUGUGCCGCUGACGCGCAUCCGCGACAUUGCGCAUCGGAACGACAUACCACACGAUCUCAAACAGGUCUGUCUUGCGGCAGGGAGGAAGGCAAAGAGGGUCACACAUAUAAGCUUGUCUGUCUGUCUGCCUGUGGUGCCGCGCAGGAGCUGAAGCACACCCUCCAGAACAAACUGCACCGAUGCGCCGGCCCCGAAGGUCUGUCUCCGACCUGGUUGAUACUAACUAGCCGUGCAGACAGUCAGUGUGUCUGGGAUGAGCUGUGUGUGUGUGCGGUCACUGUAAUGUGUGUCAGAUUUGGUGGCGACAGAGAAGAUGCUGCAGCGAUUCCACUCCAACCGCCACCAAUACCCCGGGGGAUUCAUCCAAGAGUUCGAGAAAUUCUACAAGGAAAGCAGCGAAGCAAGACCCCUCCCCCUUCCCCCCACACACACAACACACACACACACACACAGGCGACCCUCUUUUCUCUCUCUCUCUCUCUGUGUGUGUGUGUGUGUGUGUGCAGGAGUUGCGUGAGUUCUUCAACGCCAGUGGUCUGCUGGAGCGGCUCGACAAGCUGCAGGGCACUCUGGACGGAAGGACGCUAGGUACGGUACUCGCGCGAAGGCCAAUCAUUGGCAUGGCAUGUGUGUGUGUGACGCUGGCCUGUGAGUGCGACAUACCCUGUCUCUCUCUCUCCUCUGUGUGUGUGUGUAGAGAUGUUGAAGCGGUUCUGCGACAGCAAGACACGCUCCGACCGGCCUGACGCGAACUUCGCCACACUGCUCGUCAACCUCAAAGUGGGUCGGGCCACAUGCUCACUCCCUCGCCCACCCACUCUCAUUGGCCGUUCUGCAGGUGGCGACAGAGUUGCGAAUGGCGCUGGUGCGUCAGGUGCAGGAGGCGGGCAUCCCCAUCGACAACGAAGUCGCCAUGCUCCAGCAAAAGUGAGUGCACACGCACACGCACACGCACACGCACACGCACACACUCGACUCGCCGCCCACACAGUGAGUAUGAUCAUAUCUGGUGUGUGUUUGGCCGCCCGUCGUGUCAGGCGUUUGGCGGAGAUAGAUUUGGAGCGCGCGGCGUUUGUGUUGCUGAGCCGCAUCGAGCAGAAGGCCAACGAGGAGGAGCGAUGGGGCGACACACUAGAGGUACACUGACUGCGUUCCGUCCCUCACACACACACUCACACACACACAGACUGAUACAGGUCAACACAUCGCUCCGGUCUGUCUGUCUGUCUGUGUGUCUGUGUGUGUGUAGGCGCUGUCAUGGGGCGUGCGCCACGUGCAGCUCAAUGGCAUGAGAAGGGACGAGUGCAUGGCCAUCUACAAGGUCAGUCGAUUGGGCGGUCCGCAAACCACACACACAACACACGCACUCCGACACUGCUGGCCUGUCUGUGUCUCUCUGUGUGUGUCGUGCAGGAGCUGACGCACCAGCCGCGCCGGUCGUUGCAGACUCGUGAGGAGCAGCUGCUGCUCAAGGCCACACUAGAAAGGACACGACGCCUCGCUGAGGUGACUCGAGUCCAGUGACCUCGCUCAUGCCCCCAGCUAAUGUUUGUUUGGCGCAUGUCAUGUGGAUUGGAUCUCUCUGUGCAGGCCUACUGCGAUUUGGUAUUGUCGAUAUACCCCCCUCGAGUGCAGGACCUCGGCCGGGCCUUCGGCGCACCACACCACGCCAUUCAGGUCUUUGCCGAGGCCGACAUACGCGCAAACGUCACUUUCCAGGUACACACACAUACCUCUCCCCCCCCCUCCCUCCCCCUCGAGAUGGAUGGAUGGGUGGAUGGAUGGAUGGAUGCAGGUGUCCAAGUUGUCGACGUUGCUUCUGAAGCGCCUCCGUCGUCUGCUGGAGCAGAGGGGCUUCGACCCCAUCGUCGCGGGCACCACCUGCGGCACUCUCGUGGACGUCAGCUCACUGGAGCCCUCCAAGUGGCCGGACCCCGAAGGCGAGCACACGAUCGACCAACACACAACACACGCAGGGCUACAUCCAUCCAUCCAUGUGCCCAUCGGUGGUGUGGUGUGUGCAGGUGGUCCGUAUGUGAUGUUGGUCCGGGCCGCGACAGGCGACGAGGAGAUAGGUGGCGUGGGCGACAGCAACGUGCACGCCAUCAUACUGGGACACGACCUCCCGCAUCUCAGCCACCUCGGUAGGUACUCGCACGCACACACACACACACACACAACAGGAAAUACAUCCACUGGAUGGAUGGAUGGAUGGCACAUGGGUUUUCUCACUGUGUGUGUGUGUGUGUGUGCUGUGUGCGUCAGGAGUGCGCGCGCGGCAGGAGGGCGUGGUGUUUGUGACAUGUGAGGACUCGGAUGAGGUCAAGGGGGUGGCCGCACUCAAGGGCAAAAUCGUCAGGUAAAGACAGACAAUGGACCAACAUGCACCUGACAGACAGACAGACGGACGGACGGACGGACGGACGGCUGUCAUCUCUGUGUGUGUAGGGUAGAGGCGUCGUCUCAAGGAGUGGAGGUAUAUGAGGUCGACGAGGCCGCCAUGAGACAACUGUUCGUCAGAAAAUACUCGGGCAUCAUCAGGCACGCGCACACGCACACAAGCGGAGCGAACAUAUAGCGGAGAUCUUCGCAUCCAUCGCACGUUGGGCAGGGACAUCGACUCGCCCCGCCACUGCCUGUCGAAGCACGACCUCCAGCCACCCGGCAGCGCACCCGAAGUCAGGCUUUCUGACGGCUCGUACGUCAUCGAUGUCGAGCACGUUACUAAGGAGGUGGGUAGCUCAUCUCAUCACGCCACCAAGCCACAGGGGAUGGAUGGAUGUGUGUGUGUGUGUGUGUGCAGGAGGGUGGCAGCAAGAGCGCCGUGUGCGGGAUGCUCGCCCGUCUGAGCAACGAGGCCGUCAACGUGGAGGACCACGAUGCCACCUUCAAGACACCAAAGUGAGCUAAUAGUCUGUCUACACACAUAAACCAGCUGCUGGAGCCAGCUGUCGUCAUGUGUGUGUGUGUGUGUGUGUGUAAAAGGGGUGCGGUCAUUCCCUUUGGGACGAUGGAGGCGGUCAUGUGCACGACAGACGGGGAGAGACAGCUCUUCCAGAAGCUGUACACCGCACUCGACGCCGCGAACCUCAAGGCAGCCCACACACCCACACCACACCACAGCCAAACACGUCGUCCAUUUCUCUCUCUGCCUGUGCCUGUGCCUGUGCGUGUGUGUCACAUGUUCCGUGUGUAUUAUAGGGCAAGGAGCUGGAUGAGUGUUGCCAGGAGAUGCAGGACGCCAUCGAGUCCCUGCCCCUCGACACCAGAGUCAUCGCACAGCUCCAGGACAGAUUCACCUCUGACUCGAGGUGCGCCAAUCGGGGGGGCACACACAUAAGCUGACAGACACAUAGAAAUGGAAGCUCCCCCUAUUGACGACCUCUCUCUCUCUCUCUCUGUGUGUGUGUGUGUGUGUGUGAUUGAUAGGUUGAUAGUUCGUUCGUCGGCCAACGUAGAGGAUCUGGCGGGUAUGAGUGCGGCGGGGCUCUACGACUCCAUCCCAAAUGUCAACUGCCACUGCGUCGACAAGUAAGCAGCGCACUUGUCUAAACCCACACCCACCCUCCCUCCCUCCCAUGUAUCGCACUCGUGUGUGUGUGUCUGCAGGUUUUCCUCAGCGGUCCGCGGCGUGUGGAAAUCGCUCUUCAGCCGACGGGCCGUUUUCAGCCGGCGGAUUGCCGGACAGAGACAGGCAGGCACCCCACACACGAAGAGAUGGACGGAUGGAUGGAGAGCCAUAUGGCUGUGUGUCCGUGUGUGUGUCUGUGUGUGUUUGGUUUGGUGUGUGUGUGCAGCACGAGGCCCACAUGGCUGUGUUGGUGCAGGAGCUGCUCACGCCCUCUCACUCGUUCGUCCUUCACACGGUCGGUGCGCUGUACCACACACACGAGCACAGCACAUUCUAUUCUCUCUGUGUAGCUUGCUUAGCUUGUGGGCUCUGUGUGUGUUGUGUGGCAGGUGAACCCUCUGAGCAAGGACAAGGAAGAGCUGUAUGCCGAGAUCGCCCCGGGGCUCGGCGAGACACUCGCGUCGGGCGCCGUCAGGGGCACCCCAUACAGACUCGUCGUCAACAAACGGACCGGUCUGUCUCUCUCUCUCUCUGUCUGUCUGGUGGGAUGUGGUGGAUGUGGUGUGUGUGAUGUGUCCGUCCAUCCAUUCAGGUGAGGUGCGCAUCCUGUCGUUUGCGAGUUACAGCUACGCCCAGGUGCCCGUCUUGCCGCGGAAGCGGUCCUUCAGUGCCAUCGGUGAGGCCAUCGAAGACGUCAAGGACCAGGAGCCCGACACACUCGUCAAGAAAGUCGUCAUCGACUACACACAGGCACGUGUGGCAUGCCACUCUUUCUAAGUGGUUCGUUCAUUCAUUUGUGUGUGAGUGCAGGAUGUCUUAGUGACCGACCCGUCAUUUCGCGAGGCGUUUGCGCGUCGUCUGGGAGCGAUCGGGUCGUUCCUGGAGAGCAAGCUGGGCGGCCCGCAGGACGUCGAGGGCUGCAUCGUAGACACCACCAUCUAUGUCGUGCAGUCGAGACCACAGCCUUAGUCAGAUAGACAAUCUUCACACACGCACACACACACACACACACACACCUCCGCCCUGCAGACACGAAGUCAGUCUAGUUGCUCGCGAUUUUGUCCCUCUCUGUCUGGCUGGCUGGCUGGCUGUCUGGCUGCCCGUUUGCCUCUGCGAGUCUGGCUGGCUGAGACCAUUUUCUCGUGUGAAUGGAUGGCUGGAUGGAUGUGGUCGUGUUGGUGGUGGGCAGUGCAGCGUGCAAAGCGCACUGAUCUUUUUCGGCUGGACGGACGGGAGGGAUCCGAUCGGGAAAAGCCGAAUUGAGCUGCGUGAGUGAGGACCGGUUGGCUGUUAGGGAUAUACGUAGGGGACUGCGGGCCGGGCCACACGUGCAAAGCGAAUGAGACGAAUGCUGUCAGUCAGUGUCUCAUUCGAUCUUUC